ACAAAGCCUUUACCCAACAUUGCCCAUCUCAUACUUUCUCCUUACGUGAAAAAGACCAGCCAGCUAACAAAUCUCACCAGUCUCAAGCACACAAACCCCAAACCAAGAACCAUGGCCUCCUCCGCCUCGCGAGCAGCCCUUAGCUCCAUCCCCCUCUUUCACGAAAAACUUCUCAAAUCCAACCGCAUCCUCGCCGUCUGCGGCGCCGGCCUCAGCGCAGCCUCCGGCCUUCCCACCUUCCGCGGUGCCGGAGGUCUAUGGAGGAACCACAACGCCGUCGACCUCGCCACCCCCGAAGCCUUUGACGCCGAUCCCGGUUUGGUCUGGCUGUUUUACGCCUACCGCCGACACAUGGCCUUGACAGCCAAGCCCAACCCGGCUCAUUACGCCCUGGCCGAGCUGGCGAGAAAGAGACCUGGUUUUAAAUGUCUUUCUCAGAAUGUAGAUAACCUCCACGUCAGAGCCAACCACCCAAGCGAUCAGCUCUCUCUGCUUCACGGCUCGCUUUUCACGCUCAAGUGCACCACUUGCUCCUGGAAAGACCUUUACAAUAUUGCCGAUCCAUUAUGUCCUGCCCUUGCCCCGGCGGCAGAGUCCAAUCCUGACCCGACAAAGCCGCUUCCUUUGCUAGAUCCGGCCCAGCCGUUGGCCGAGAUUAAGGAGAGUGAAUUACCGCAUUGUCCGGAUUGUAAGACUGAACUGCAGAGGCCGGGGGUGGUGUGGUUUGGGGAGAUGCUAGAUGAGGAUAUGUUGGAUGAUAUUGAGGAGUGGAUUGAGAAAGAGCCGGUGGAUAUGGUUUUGGUCGUGGGGACGAGCUCGGCGGUGUAUCCUGCGGCGGGGUAUGCUGAGCGGGCGAGGACAAAGGGGCGGACGAGUGUGGUGACUGUUAAUUUGGAGAUUACGGAGGAGGACUGGGGGAGGAUGAGGAAGGGGGAUUUUGGGUUUGAGGGGGAUGCGAGUUUGUUGUUGCCGGAACUGUUGAGGCCGGUGAUUGGGGAGGUGAAGGGGGAGGAGGAGGAGGAAGUGGAGGGGUAA